UCUCGCUUGCCUGUUGACAAAUGUGACCGUAGCACAUCAACUGUGUGGAAUUUCGGAUUUAUUUUGGGAAUAAAAUGUAAUUGAACGGAAUGUUGUCGACGAACUGACGCUUCUGGGAAAUCUUCAUGAAGCCGUGGACCCGGCUUAAAGAGACACCAUGCUGAAGUGGUUUUCCGGUGAAGAGGGAGAUCCUGGGUCGGGUGGCCCAGGAUCUCCCCUUAGUGCUGCAGGUGGUGGAGAGCUUGCUGUCGAAGAAAUGGCAGAGCGACUUAGCCAAACGGAGCAGCUUGUCGCUCAUCUGAAGGAAAUGAUACGGGAAAAAGAUGCAGCCCUUCGCACCAAAGAUGACCAGCUGAAGGUGGAGAAGGAGGAGUGUGAGGCCAAACUGACAAAGGCGCGUCUCCAGAACAAGGCUAAGGUGACGUCUCUCUCAGCGCAGCUGGAGGAGCUGAGAAAACAGCAAGGAGGUCAAGGCACGCCGAAACACAGCAAGAAGGGGUCAUCAGAAGGAGGUGGAGGAGAGCAAGCUAGUCGUGGCAAGAUUGUCUUGUUAAAGAAGAAAGUUGAGGAACUAGAACAGCAGCUUUCACUUAGAGACAGUGAACUGGAAAGCAAGCGGAAGGAAGUAGAGUCACAUUGUCAACGAGGUGAGGAAAUCGACGCUAUGCUGACCGAGAAGGACAGGAAACUGGCAGAGAAGGAGGCCUACAUCGUCCACCUGCAGACAGCAUUUGCAGGAGAUCAGCCCAUCGCACCUGCACUUCAGCAAAAGGUGGCAGAGGACAGUGGAGCAAUGCAGGAGCUUCAGCUGCUGAUUCAGAGUCUGACCAGGAAGGUGGGAGAAGCAGAGGAGCGCUACAGUUUGCUGCAGGAGCAGACAGAAAGCCUCAAGGAGCUGCUGGUCACAGAGAAGGAGCAGUAUGCACAGAAGGAGACCAUGUAUAAACAGAAUAUCCAGACUUUCAAAGACAUCAUCAUACAGAAAGAUAAUCAGCUGACGGAGAUCGGCCAAAUGCACGAACAGGAGCUCUUCAAGCUAGCAGCAAAGUCUGAUGCCAGUGCAGACUUGGAGCAGCUUUUGAAGGCUCUGAAACAGAAGCUCCAUGAGAAAGAGGAGGUGCUGCUCGGUAAAACCCAGGUCAUUGAUGUUCUCCAGGGAGAAGUGGAUGGCAGGGACCAACAGAUUCAGGAGCUCACUGAGCGGCUUCGACGGUUACAGGUCGCACGAGAGAGUUUGGAAUCCAAGAUGGAGGCAGAGAAGCAUGUGAUGCGAGCACAACUUCGUGACCUGAUGGAGAAACAGCAGGCGGAGGCGCAGCGGAUGACCGAACAACAUCAGCUACAGUUGGACCAAACCAAGCAGGAUCUCUUGGUGCAACUGGAGGAGCUGAGGAGAGCCUCAGUUGCAGCGCCACCUGCCUGUCAGGAGACCUCGGGAACUGGAGGUGUGCCUGCUGAUUCAGCCCUCAGCCAGAGAAUUUCUGAGCUGGAAGUCCUUGCAAAGCAGAAAACAGAUGAAGCCAGCAAAUCAGAAUCCAAGUUCCUGAAGAUGAAAGCCUGGUCCAAAUCCCGGAUCAGACAGUUGGAAGACGAAUUGAAGAAAAGCCAGGCUGGAGCGGCGCCCCCAGACCUGACUGACCUGCGUAGUCGCAUAACUUCACUUGAGGAGGAGAGGGAGGAAAAUCUUUGGAAAUUUGAGCAAUAUGAGGAGCUCAAAACAAAGAACGAAAUGCUGGAGGCUAAGCUGGUGGUGUAUGAGGAGCAGCAGAGAACACUGCAAGCCGACCUGGAGCAGUUCACAAAGAGGGCUGCCUCUCAGGCCAGUGAGUCGGGCAGUGCGGACGACACUCAGAGCCAGGUCCUGGAGUGGCAGGAGAUGGUGACUGAGGCUGUCAAUGCCAGGGACCGGGCCAGGGAGGAGAAGGCUAAUAUGGCACUUCGUAUCAGCCAAAUGGAGGAAGAGAGAGAGGAACUGAUUGAGGAUGACUGGUUCUUUCCUGGCUGCUCCGAUCCAGCACUGGCCACUCAGCAGCAGGAGUUGGAGGAGGAGCUGGCUCAAGCUCGGGGGCUCGGUCAACACAGGGCCAAGAAGCUAACGGCUCCAGCCCAACGCAGCCUGCAGGAGGACUUUGAGUUCGAUGGACAGGUCCCAUUCCAUGACCCACACAGUACCUCGGAGAGCACGACCCCGAUGGAGGGAGAGAAUAUGGGAGGUUGGUGGCCCGAGUACAGUUCUCCAGAUACAGAUGGUUUACGGUCUGUUGUGGAAGAGCUAGAGCUGGAAAGGAACCAGCUGCAGGAGCAAAUCCUGAGUCUGGAGGAGCGCUGUCAGGAUUUAGAGGACCGGCUGCAGCUGCAGGCGCGCAUUGAGGCACUGCAGAACGAGUCGGAGAAACUUCAGAGCCAGCUUGCCAGUGUCCGAAGUCAACAGAGCAGAGAUGCAGAGAAGCAUCAGCUGUUGGUUAGCAGUCUCAAUGAACAGCUCAAAGGGCUGAGUGACACACAAGAAUGCCUGGAGAGUUCCCUCAUUGAGAAGGAGAACACUUUAGCCAAAACAUCAGAGAAACUCGAGCUCAUCAGCAGCCUCAGAGAAUCUCUGAGCGAGAAAGAGAUACAGUACAGAGAUGUGUCUGACAAGCUCCUCCAGGCUGAUCACGCUCUCGAUAACAUUUCCAAGAAAUUCAGCAGCUCAGAGAAACAGUGCUCCGAGUUGAGAACAGAAGUUUCCGACCUCACGCAGAAGUUGACUGCGCUGAAGGAGAAGACACAAAAACAAGAUGUCACCAUAGAAACUUUACAAACUGAGCUGGAUCAGACAAAUGAGGAGUUGGAUAAAUUAAACUCUGCCCACUUGGAAGAAAGAGCCCAACUCAUUCAUGACCUUCAAACCUGUGAGCGGGAAAUUGAUAGUCUUAAGGACACGGUGUUGGAAAAAGACAAAGAGAUAUCAGCCCUCUCUGUUAACAUGGCUGAGUACACAGAGCAGAUCUUGGUGCUAAAGCAGGAUGUCAAACUCAAAGAAGAGAGUCUGAUUCAGGUAGAAACAGUUCUUCGGAAAGCUGAGCAGGAGGCCAUGAUUAUCAGAGAUUCACAAAAUUCAGACCAGCAGGCUCUAAACAGCAAAAUCACAGAGGUGGUCGAGAAACUCAAUGACGCUGAGGAGGAGUUAGUCAAGGCCAAAGAGAAGGCAGAGUACAAAGACGCUGAGGUGGAGCAGCUGCUAAAGCAGGUCGAAGAUGAUAAGAAAAUGAUUCAGGAGCUUCGAGGGGAGCUCCAGAAACAGGUGGGGAGUCAUUCUCAUCAUCUACUUGAAUGUGAAACACACAUCACCUCAUUGAAGGAACAGCUGAUGUUAUCCACUCAGAAGCUGCAGGAGUCAGAACAACUGGUUUUACAACUCAAUGACAAAAACACCAACAAUGAUAAAUUAGAGCAAGAGCUUCACGAUAAAGAACAGACGUAUGAAAACGAACUAAAAUCCUUCAAGGAAGAACACAACAAGCUUCUGGCACAGGUGGAAAAAUACAAUAAUGAAAUGCAAAAAUUGUCCAAACAAUUAGAGGAGCGAACACAGAGUGAGGAACACAUCCACAAAGAGAUGCAAGAGAAAGUUGAAACACUCGAAAAGCAGCUGAGUGCAAAUGAUAAACAUGCCGAGGAUGAAAGGCAGAAACUCAGCAGUGAAUUGCAAGUGCGAGAUUCCGAAAACCAGAAAUUGAGCAGUGAGCUUAAAAGCAAAGCUGAAAACAUCUCCAAACUCAAGAACCUUUUAAAAAGCACAAAGGCUGAGAAGCAGAGGGUGACUGACGAGCUUAAGUUGCAAAAGCAGGCAGUCAAAGAGCUCAAUGAAAAGGUAUCGUCUGCACUUGAACUCAAUAGCUGCCUAGAGAGUCAGGUACAGUGCCUAACGAAAGAAAAAGAGAGACUUACAGAAGAAGUGAGUGAAAGUAUACAAAACAAAGAUUCCUUACAAGCCCAAAUAUCCAUGUUGGAAACACAGAAUUCACAAAAUGAUACAACUCAAAAAGGGCUUCAAAGAGAUAAUGAGCAACUGACUCUUCAGAUCAAGGAGUUAAAUGGAGUCCUUGAACAAAGUACACACUCCACCACAGAGGUCCUCUUAGCAAAAACAAAUGAAUGUAGUCGUCUCAAUCAGAUACUAAGAGAGAAGGAGGAUGAGGUGAAGCAGCUGCAGGACCGGGUGCAAAAUUUGAUGUCUGAGGUCGAUCAGAUUAAGCUUGAUGGAGCACAGAAGGAACAGGCCACUGUUGAUCUCCACAUGCAAUUAGAGGCUGAACAAAACCAACAAACACAACUCCAGGAAACUGUGUUUAUGCUGCGAGAGCAGGAAAGCAGUCUGAGGUCUGGGUUAAUGGAGAAGGAUGCUAAAUUAAAAGAGAAGCAGGAAGAGUGCCAUGGUUUACAGAAUGAAAUUUCCAAGCUGCAGGCUGAGGCUGAGUCACUUAAAGAAGAGCUCACACAACUCAGACAGCAACUGCAUGAGGGAGAUGAAAUGUUAAAAGAUACAAUGCAGCAGUGUCAAAAACACAAAGACGAAUUAAAUCAUGCAACCAAGACUGUUGAGGCUCAGAGGGACCAAAUCAGCGUCAUGGAGGAAAACACCAGAAAGCUGAAGUCUGAAGCAGAGCUGUGGCAAGCAGAAUUGUCUCACUCCAACAGCCGUAUCCAGACGCUCAUUGAGGAAAUCCAACAGCAUCGAGCUGCUUGUGAAUCCAGAGAACAGGAGUUAGUUCAGCAAACACAGUUGGCCACAAACCUCGAUUCACAGCUUAAAGUAACUCUUGAACAGAUCUCCGAUCUCAGCAAGAAUAUUAGUACUCUAACAGAAGAUAAUCAGACACUAAAAAAAGAGUUGUCUCAGAACAUUACAUCAGUUUCUGAACUUACCACUGAAAUGAGUUCACUCCAGGAAAGAAAUUCUGGCUUUGAAAUCGAAAUUUCAAAUAGUCAGAAAGAAAUCAGCAGCCUCUUGAGGGAAAAGGAGGAGCUCACUGUUGCAGUAAAGGAAUUAAAACAUAUUCUGAAAGAAAGUGACGAGUUAAACUCUGCAGGUUUAUUUGAGAAAACAAACGAGUGUGCUAAUCUGUCAAAAACAAUAAGGGAGAGAGAAGAACAACUUCAGAGUAUACAGGAACAUGUUGAUGGAUUAAAAAUGCAAAUCAGUCAAUUUAGCAAGUCCUCGGAAGAGAAAGAAGCAGCAUUAUCAGAACAGAGGUUUCAGCUUGAGGCUCAGCAGAAUCAACUGCUACAACUUCAGGAUUCUGUAUCAGCUCUACAGGAACAAAGCUCUGCGCUGAAGUCUGGGCUAAUGGAGAAAGACUUGUUGUUGCAGCAGACAGCAGAGGAAUCUAGAGUUUAUCAGAAUGAAGUUGCGCUACACAAGGAACUCGUAUCACGACUGCAGGAAGAGGUACAAUUGCUAAGACGAGAGUGUUUGGAUGUGAAACAGCAGAUAGAACAGAAAGAACAAACACUAAAUGAAGUGUCUAAAGAGUUUCAGAGCCAAAAAGAUGAGCUGAAUAAACGAAACGAAUCAGUGAUUUCACUCAGCAGUCAGCUUGGUGCCAUGAAUGAGAAUGCAGCAGAGAUGGAGAUUGAAAUGACAAACCUGAAGGAUUCUGUCCAGAAGCUCACUGCAGAGAAGAGUCAGCUGACACAGGAGGACAACCAGAGGAAAGCAGAGAUUGUAGACUUUAAAGACAGCAUUCUGGCCCUAAAUGAGCAGAACACAAGUUUAAAGUCUGAACUUCAGAACAUAGUGACAGAGGUCACAGAACUCAGACAAUUUGUCUCUGAUAAGGAGAUUGAGCUCAAAGCAGCAUAUGCUGAGCUGGAGAAUCUUACUCUGACCUUGAAAGAAAAAGAUGACACCCUGAACCAAAAGGAGAAUCUGAUACAGCAGCUCAACAGCAACAUCACUGAGCAGCAGGGGCAGCUGAAGCAGAAAGCAGACGACAGUGUUGGUUUGAAUACAAAAGUUUCAGAUCUUGAAGAUUGUGUCUGCAAGCUCAGAGGUCAAGUUGAAAACCUUACUGCAGAGUCCUCCACACUAAAAAACAGGUUGGAGUCAAGGGAAUUGUCAAACCUUGAAUUACAGAGUCAUUCUUCAGCUGCUGUUGAAAGUCUUCAGUCAAAUCUUCAAUCUAAAGAGGCUGAAUGUGAGACCUUGAAAGAACAGAUUUCACACCUUAAAGAAUCUGUCACGAAGCUCAACGGUAGCCUGGAAGCACAGAUGGCCAAUUCAGAAAACCUAAGAAAGGCAUUAAUGGAAAAAGAGGCAGCUCUUCUGCACCAAUCAGAGACUCUUAAGGAUGUUCAGAGAAGAGCAGAUGAGGCUUUGCUCUUCAAGUCACAGUUCAUGGAAAGCACCGAGUUGGUGUCACAGCUGCAGAGUCACAAUGAGCUGUUGUCUGCCGAGGCAGAAAAUCUCAGAAAGUCAUCAGAGGAAACACAUAUUGCGUUCAGUAACCUAAAAGAGAAAUAUGCAGCCAGUUUGGAGGAGCUGCAAGACAUGAGGAGGCAAAUGUCUCACCAGGUUGAUGAGGUUUCCAAACUGCAGAGGUUAUUGGAUGAUUUCAGUAUGGAACGUCAGGCAGCAACUACAACCAUAGAAACACUGAGAAAUGAGUUAUCUGUAAUCCAUCACAAACUUGAGCAAAGUGGAGAUCUGAACACGAGUCUCACAAAGGAAAAGGACGAAGCGUUUUCUGCUAAUCAAGCAAGUGUGUCGAUGCUGACCCUUGAGAUAGACAGGCUCAAAUCACAGCAUCUUCAAGUUGUUGCACAAAUGGAUGCACUGACAGAAAACCUGGAGCAGAGAGAAAUGGCUCUCCAUGCAAUUAAUAGUCAGUACACAGCCCAGGCCAAACAUGCAUCACAGCUGGUCUCAGAAAUGCAAAAACUAGAGGAGAAAAAUCAGCAACUUAAGAAGGAAUUUGGUAUGUCAAAAGCAGAACAUCAGAACCGUCUUACCUCUGUCUGUAACGAGAACUCACAUUUGCAGGACGAAGUAAGAAAGCUUCUUGCAGAGAAGGAAGAGCUGGAAAGGAAACAUCAACAGUUGUGCAUGUCACAGGGGGAACUGCAGCUUCAAAUGGAGCAGCAGUCCAGCAGCAUGAAGGAAAUGGUGGAGAAAAUGGUGCUGGAGAAGGAGGAGCUUCAAGCAAAGAAGCUGGAUGAAAAGAUGGUUUACAAAAAAUUACCUGAAGAAAUCACCAGAUCACGGGAAGUGGAGACUCUGAGGUGUGACACAGAGAGGAAGGACACGCUUCUAGUCAAGCAGGAAUCUUUGGCGGACACGAUGGUGAGUCAGUUGGAGUCAGAGAAGGUUCGACUUCAUGGAGACCUGCAGCGGUGCAUGUAUGAGAUCCAACAACGAGACCACUACCUCCAGCAACUCAACACCAAGCUACAGCAGGCUGUCGAAGAAAAAGGGGCCUGUGCAGCUCAGAUGAGAGCUGUUGUCCAAACCCUGAGGGACACACAGAACCGCUGCCACUGGCUGGAAACUCAAGUACAAGGCCAAGCUCAGCAGGGGUCAGUGUAUGCUGAGGUUGCACCCGGAGCCCCACAGGAGAGAAGCCGUGAGUCUAUGGUUGUUGAAACGGCUGAAGUCGGUCAGCUCCGUGAUAGGCUGCUGGAGGUGGAGCAGAUUCUGGCCGAUGAGAGAGCAAGGAGAGAGACAGCUGAGGAAGCUUUACGUCUGGCCGAGGACAGAGUGAAGAGUGUGUCUGGUGCAUCCAGAGUUGACGAACCCGAUUUCAGUAUCGACAUGGAGACGGAGGAGGGAUGGGGUGCUCUGAGUCUCGACCCCAACCAGCCUCUGAUCACACGACAGGUGAAAGGCGGCAUGGUGGCGUGUCGUCGCUGGCUCAGAGGGAGGAGCCUCUACUUCUCCAAGCUGCUGACCAGCCGCACUCGCUCUCGAUACCUGUUCCUGGCCUACUUGCUCACAAUCCAUGUGCUUGUCCUCAUGUGCCUCACUGGCGCCCUGUAGUGACGCCACACUGGCCUCAGAACGGUUCAAAUGUGAAGCUGACGUCUGAGCUGGAGAUCGAGAAAAGUCGCUUCCUGGUAUUUGUUCAGGAAAGUUAGCACUGACAGAUUUCACCUGACUUUCAGUUAAAUUCACUCUUUAUUUUACUUUUUUUUUAUAUUGUAUUAAUUGAUUAGAUUCAGAGGUGACAUCUGAGCUCUGGUUUGUUGAGAUUAAUUAAAUGUAAAAAGUUAAUUGAAACAGAGCCUUAAAGCUUUAAACUCGCUCUCCUAUCAUUACUAUAAUAAUAAUAAUAAUAACAUAAUAAUAAUCGGGUCUAUUGCCUACAGUUUUGCUGUCAAUUUCUUUUAUAAAGGAGAAAAAGAGCGAGGCGUACUUUGACUUGAACUUCUCUGUAAAAGGCCGAUGCAGGAGCAGAAAACAGAACACUAAUGUACAAACGAUGUGUCUUAAAUCCAGCUUCUUCUCCAGCUUGUUUUCCUUCCUUUUAAAUCAAAAAACAAACAAGCACCUCGUCCGUCGGUACGUCGGCCGCUGCUUCCCUCUCCUCGACUGCUUUCAUGACUUUGCACACGGUCGUUGAUGCCGAGUUUAAACUAUGCACUGAGCACAGCCACAGGUAGAUUCAUCUCAUAUCCUCAGACCACAUAUCGUCACCUUUAAUGUAAACUGUGGAGCCAAAAGUGUGUGUGUGUGUGUGUGUGUUUGUGUGUGUGCGUGCGCGCACUCGCUCACCUUGGCAGGACAAAUAAUGCCUUGUCCCUGUUAAAAAUAUGUCGCUAAAAAGUGAUGAAUACACAAGCUGUAUAUAUUUAAAGGUACAGUUCAGGAAUGUUAAAGUGGGGUUAUAUGAGUUACUUAUAGUAUGGUCAGUGUGUUACUUACAGGUGACUGGGAGAUCAGUGAAGCAUGGCAACAAUCAGGGACAACAAGAAAACUAAAGUCAGACGGACUUUUCCAACAGGACAUGGAGGUUUGCAUUGCUUUGUAAAGCAGUGAUUUUGUCUUGGUCUGCUGGCUUCCCAACAGCAAGGCGACAUACAUGCUACUGCAUUUCCAUUUGCUUAUCUAGUUAAAGAAUAACUCACAAGAAACAACCAUGGAAAGAAUUCAGAGAUGGAAUUUCUUUUAUCGCACUGACGAGUAGGUAAAUCUGAAACUAAAAGUGUUGGUAAACCUUUUCUUUCACAUCUGUUUGUGGAGUCACAAUAAGAAGGAGAUACAGUUCACUGCAUCAUUGUUUUCAAAGGUCUACAUUUCUGCCUGUUUCAACUAAAAACAGCUGAGAAGUUUUUAAAAAUAAAACAAAGGCAGUGUUGACUAAGGUAGUGUAGACAGCAGGUGGAAUUUGCUACAUUAACCUCACUGUCUAUAAGAAACUGAUAUGACCCCCCCACUCAAGAAACUAUCCCUUUAAAGUUGUCCCGUAUUUAUGUUUUUGCAUCUUCAGCUGUAUCUCUAUGACUGUGUCUGUAUGUAUGUACAGUAUAUUUACAUUUAUUCCCGCUCUGCUUGACAUACGAUGACUGUACAUUUCUUCUUGAUUGUUGAAAGUUGGAAAAUGUUAUUAAGUGAGAGAAAGUUUUCAGUUAACAAGCCAAAAAAAAAACCUAUGUAACGAUGUAAACAAAUUAUUUCUGGCUCGUUAAUUGAUCUUUUGAUUGUUGUAAUGAUCUGUACAUAUGGAUGACUGGUGGACAACUGAAUCUAUUUAUGAAAAAAAAAAAAAACUACUGAAGAAAUGUUGAAACGGCAUAUUUUUCUCUUCUGCCUCUAUUUUCAAAGCCUUAUUUUAAAGACAAAGUGAGGCUUCACUUGGUGCAAUAAAAAGGAAAAACUGAGCUGUUCCAGGUCACAUUUUAAUAAAGCCGUAUGAAGUUUUCUUCUGUUUGCACAGGUGACGUGCUGUUU